AAGGGGAUUCAUUUAUACAACAUCCGGUCGAUCCCAUAGGAUGGAAUUUCGUUAAAAAUUUUAGUAAAAUUACUCAUUUAUACAGGAAUUUCAUUCAAGUACUGUUGUUAAAAAUGAUGUAGCUGACUGACCAGCAAUGGCAACAGCUGAUACACAAUCGGCGAAGCCUCGGAGUAGCCGUCGGAGACUUCAUAAUCCACAGGUGGAGAACGACUUCGCUCCAGGAGAUGGGGAGCCACCUGCCAGACCCCCACCUCUGCAGCGGUCCCAGUCCCAGAGAGAAAGACCAACAAAGCAGCUGGACUUCUACCAAGCCAUGCUGGACUUCAAAGCAAUGUUCCCAACAAUGGAUGCAGAUGUGAUUGAGGCAGUUCUGAGGUCUAAUGAUGGGGCUGUUGAUGAUACUAUCGAUCAGCUACUGACUAUGAGUAUUGAUGGAGUUGACAAGGACUUUGUGGACAUACCGCCAGAGCUCCUUUCCCCUGUGGAAGAUGGCUGUCCAACCUACCAUGAGAAGCGAACUGAAGAUUCUCCUCCGUCAUAUACCGAAGCUGUCCAAUCAAAUAACAGUAUCUGGACCACGCCCCUAACGCAAGCAACGAGUAAAACCUCUCCAACUCCGCCAAAGAGAAGCCCUAUAAGAUCAAACACCACCCCUACCCCAAAGACUCACAGUCAUGGACAUAGUAAAUCAUCGUCCCAUCAUCAUAGUCGGUCAUCGCAUCAUCAUCACCAUCAUCGCAGGAGCCACCGGAGUCGACAGAAUGAUGACAUGGUGGACUCGCUAGCUCUCUCUAAUACAGAACCAAAGAGACCCCUCCCCACCUCCUCAAUAAGUCACAGCACCCCCGUCAAGAGUGGCUUCCGAAACUGGAAUCCCCCCAUGCUGGGCACCCUCCCUGACGAUUUCCUGAGAUUAACAGUGCCAAAGUCUCCAGAUCCUCUCUCCCUGGAGGGAUUUUUACCCCACAACUCAGAGAGAACUCACCACAACAUCAGUAGGAGGAACAGGCACACCGAGCGACUGUCAAACAGCAGCAGUGAACACAAGAAGAAAAUAUCACGGAGUCGCAGUGAGCGAGCUCCAGAAAGACCCAAGUGGUCCCAUGGAGGUGAAGGUUUACCUGUGGUGCAUGCUGGGAAAAGUGUGGACGUGUCCCCAGGGAUGUCCAAAUCAUUAAUAAUUUCCUCCCAUGAAUUCAGUCAGGACAUGCUUGAUGAGAAACUGAAGGAGAACGAGCGCCGGAGAAGGAAGGCCGUGAAGAACGUAGACCUAGAAAUGUCCCAGUACUUGGAGGACGAGCGGCUUGCCAUCGCUCUACAGAACAGCGAGUUCUUACAGGAGCUCCGGGGAAAUGAGGACUUCAUGAAAACUCUAGAAAAAGAUCACAGGGACAUGGCUUCAUUUGAGCCCACUAUGCUGCCUGCCCUACAGCCAAGGGAGACAACAGCUACAAAUGGUUAUGGAGAUGACAGACAGACAAACCUGGAAGCAUUUCCGUUUACCCAGAAUUCCCCAAAACAAAAGGAUGAAGACGCAGAACUGCGGAGACAGCUCAAUAACAUGGGUGGAGCAUCCAAGAAGCAAUUCAUGGCACUAGCCAAGAAGUUUUUCUCCAGAAGGAAGAAGAAAAUGACUUUAAAACAAAUUCAGAAGGAGAAGCUGGCGCCCUCUAUGGUGAAUCUGCUUGAUAGCGAUGAGGAAGACUUUGUCCCGGAUGAGGACUCAAAUCCAUAUAAUCAAAAGGCCGAGAUAGAGCCACUGCCAGACAGUUUACUGAGGAUACCUAAUGUACGGACACCUGAUCAUCAGCGGACCAGUAGUAUGCCUGUCUAUCACGACAACAAAGCCACAGACUUUAUAUGACAGCACCAUCUAGACAGCAGAGAGUCGAUAAAUGGUGAACCAUCAGACUAUCACGGCAACAAAUCCACAGACUUUAUAUGACAGCACCAUCUAGACAGCAGAGAGUCGAUAAACGGUGAACCACCAGACUAUCACGGCAACAAAUCCACAGACUUUAUAUCACCUCACUAUAGACAGUCUAUAAAUGGUGAACCACCCGGCCAGUUUUAGCUAGAGACAGUUUUAUUUCAGGGUACACUAUGUCCUCCAAGCAAUAAGUAUAACCUCUUAUUCUGAACAAUUAAUGCAAUACAUGUCUGUUAUCAAGAACAAUAGAUUGUUUACUUCAUUUUGAACAAUUGCCAGUUUUAACAUGGCUUUAAUUGAUUCUGUGUACUUUUUGUUACUGUCUCACAAGUGUAUUUUGACAGUUUCUGUAUUUUACUCUUAAUUUUGUAAACAUCAUUAAUUAAUCAAGCAAGCGUCUCAUGGUCUUUUUUCAAUAAUUCAUCUAAAAUACUGUAUGUGCAUUUUAUGAAGAAUUAUUUUAUAUUACAUUGUAUAGAAGGAUUUUUGUCUAUUGUUGUAAGAGAAAUAAUAUGUUAUUUACUUAUCUGAGUGACUUUUAAAUGAUUAGCAAUUAUAUCAAGUAUUCAGUUAUGUAUUUUUUGAGAUUGAUAACGAUCAGCACUAAAUGUUUACUAUUAAUUUUAUCUUCUUGCACAAUUUCCCAGUGCCUGAAAAAUCUAAUACAGUAUUACACAUCUAUCAUCUGUGGUCUUUUAAUUGAAUUGGAAACCAGCUCUCUAUAAGUAUCUAUAUUUUUCAUUAUUUACCAAUUUUAUAUCUGAGGGCUUCAUUAAUACUUGAAUUUGGUGAAAUUUUUCAGUACAAAGACUUUUUACUUUCCAUGAAAAUUUAGAACAGCAUACAGUAAACUUUUCUGUCACAGAUCAGUGGGUAUUACAAAAUUAUCCUCCAUAAAUAAGGUUGUUAGAAUUAAAGGAAGCUAGCAGAGUGUUUCAAGAUCUUGGAGCUUUAGUUUUACUGUUAUAUUGGUGCAGUUGUAGUUAGGAAGAUUUAAAGUAAUAAGUUUCCUUUAAAUUCUUUAAUGGUUUCUCUUGCUUUCUAACUGAUCCUCAUCUUUGAUCUUUUCUUAUAAUUCUCUUCAUAAGGUGCUUGUAUACAAUCAAAUCAGUUGUAUCUUUUGUACAUAGUUAGAUAUUAUAUUUAUUAUUUGUAUGUUAUUUUUGUAUCGUUAUUAGUUUAUACACAGACUUUGGGGUGCUGUAUAAAACACUCUGAUAAAAAACUUAAGUUAGACAAUUUAUCUAAAAUUGCUUUAGACUUUUAAUAUUAAACUUUCAAAUUGCUUUAGACAUUGAACUCCCCAAAUUGUCUGCAUGGAGAAUCACUCCUUGCCAAUUACAUUAGUGCAGUUCUGAAAUAGAAUAAAAUUAUUUGUUAGUAUCAUGGACAACUGAGUUCUACUGGACAGUAAUACUAAAUACUUUCUUUACUAUAUUACAAGCAGGGUAGAAUAUAACGAAGCUCUUAAUGAAAUUACUGAUAGGGUAUUUAUAUUAUGAUGCAAUAAUUGUAUAUGUAAUUUCAUGUUUCAUUAAAUAUCACAUACAUGUACACUGCAUGCUACGGUAAACAUAACCUGUAGUUUUCAUUGAACAGCAAUUCAGUGUUUUUUUAGUCUCACAAAAGUCAUUUUUUUAAAGAAUGAACAUGUCAUGAAUCUGAUUGCACCAUGAUUUAUUAACAACAUCAUAUAUUUUCAAAUGUGAUAUCCUUUAUCUGAAAAAAGAAGUUUCUUAAAAGAAAAUUGGCUGGACUAUAAUUAACUAAAAAUUAUUUUGAUAUACGAUGAAGAGUUUAGAAAGCAAUGUAAAUGUUCAAUGUGUAAUACAAUUUUUUUUCUUAAUAAUUGGGAUAAAUUAUCAUUCUGUAAUACAUGUAUGUACAGCUCCUUGCUAACUUUCCUGAUGUACUCUGAGCAAAUCAUUUAGGACAGAAAUACAUUACACAAAUGUAUAAAAAAUCAUCUGUUGUAUUUACAGUAAAACUCGUUUAGUACGAACACGGAUAUAGCGAAUUCACGGAUAUAGCGAGGUUUUUCUGGGUCCCCGGCAAAAUUCUUAACAAAUCUUUGUAAAAUUUUACAGUUAUAACGAACUCUGAUAUAACAAAUUUACAGAUAUAGCGAACUGAUUUUGAGUCCUGUUGAGGUUAAAUGUAAUAAAAUUUACAUCUUUUAUAACGAACUUUCAAAAAUUAUAAAAAAUUGGUAAAUUGAACUGACUUUAUUUCCUUUUAGCAUUUGUAUAUGAAAUACAAUUCAUGAUAAAACCUAAGUUAUCGAAGAUAUGUUUUGUUAUAUUUGCUUCCCUAACAUAUUUGGUAGUAAUACUUGAAGCAAAACAUGCAUAUUGCGAAUU